AUUCUUAAUUCCUUUACUCACACCACUGCCUUCGCCUAUGGCUCUUUCGUUCCUCUUCCCCAAGGCACGAGAUUAGUUUCCUCACCAGCUCCGCAACUUACAACACGCGUAGCAACCUUUACAACCACCGACAAUCGAAGCGGACGGCGCGUACGUCUUUUUCGGCGGCGCCUUCAAGACAUGGGCCGUUGGUACUUCAGAUGACGGGGGAAGCUUUACCUCCCGACAAAUAUUUCAGAAGGGCAACCCUCACACUGGCGCCGGACGGCAAUCCACAGCUACUCCACCUUAUCAUUGGCACUUGUACCAAACAGAGACGUUUGCGGUGAACAGCGGAGUUCUGUGCUACAUCCUGGAUGGAACGGAAGGGAAGCUCAAGGCUGGAGAAACCACAGUCAUCACACCCGGUCGCUGGCACACGUUCUGGUCGGAUCCUGAAUCGGGCGAGGACCUCGAUGUGAAUAUCACCGUGCGGGGAGGACCCAAUCCUGGGUUCGACGAGACCUUCGUACGCAAUUUCUAUGGAUAUCUCUCAUCGUGCACUAUGCAAGGCCUGGCACCGAAUCCCAUCCAAAUGCUCACAUUCAUGUACUCAGCUGAUGUCGUGCUCGAAAUGCCACUCAACAUAGGACGGAUGGCCAACUAUAUUCUGGGCAACAUAGUUGGAUGGCUGGGAGGCUACAAGAGCGAGUAUCCUGAGUUCGGGGAGAAGAGCAAGUAGCUACCAUCUGCGUUCCUGUAAUGGGAUCAUCGCAAUCUUAUCUUAUCUGACGGUAUUCAUCGCGACUCAACAUUACCACACAUGUCCCACCUGAA